AUGCUCUCCUGCCCCCAAAUCUACAACGAGAUGACCUCCGAAGCCGUCCGCCUGGCCCCUUCCAUCCUACGCACGAUCCAGUUCUCCGUCAACGCAACGCCAAUGAAGCUACAACCGCUCCGGCCGACGACCUUCGCCUCGCUGAUGCACCUCACGAUCGGAAUACCACGCUGGGCAAUGCUCGAUCGGCCUACGAUAAUGGGCAUUCUGCAAGCCAUGGCACCAGUACUAGAGCUUUACCUGGCCAGAUUGACCAUCGGAUUGGAAGACCUAGAGGGUGAAGACGAUGUCUUGCAGAUGGUUGAGACACUGAAUCCGGCACAAAUCGCGCGUUACAUGAGCCAACAAUGA